AUGGGGUCGCUAGGGACUUAUUUCCUAGAUGUUGUCUACUCCUUCACAAACUGCAUGGUCUGCUUCCCAAGCUCACCGCAACUUAAAAUCAAUUCUCGGAGCUUCAAGAUCUUGCGAUUACUGGGUGAAGGCGGAUUUUCCUACGUCUACCUCGUUCAGGACAAUUCGAAUCAACAACUCCUCGCCCUGAAGAAGAUCCGAUGUCCCUUUGGCCAAGAAUCCGUGAGCCUGGCGCUCAAGGAAGUCGAAGCCUACACCCUCUUCUCGCCACACCCAAACAUCAUACACAGCAUAGACUACUCCGUCGAGACCGACAAGGGCGAUGCGUCAGCGAAAACAGUAUACAUUCUUCUGCCUUACUACCGCCGCGGUAACCUCCAGGACAUGAUCAAUGCGAAUCUCGUCAAUCACACAAAGUUCCCUGAGCGCCGGCUCAUGGUGCUCUUCCUUGGUGUGUGUAAAGCGCUCAAGGCAAUGCAUCAAUACAAGAUCAAAGGCGGACCGGGUGGCGCGAGAAGUGAGGGCAAAGCGAAGAAGGUACGGAGAGAGGCAGCGCGAGCGGAUGCGCAGGCCGCUGAGACCAUGGAAAUGCGCCCGAGCCGAAAACAUCGCGAACAUGACGAUGACGACGACCAGGAGGCUGAGGGACUGUUGGAAGAUUCAAAUGUCACGAUGGCGCAGGAAGGAAUUGCGGAGGGUGGAGAGAGGGCGUAUGCGCAUAGGGAUAUCAAGCCCGGCAACAUCAUGAUCGACGACGACGGCAAAUCCCCCAUCCUCAUGGAUCUCGGCUCCCUUGCUCCCUCUCCAACACCCGUGACUUCCCGCUCACUCGCCCUUCAAAUCCAAGACACCGCCGCCGAACACAGCACGAUGCCCUACCGCGCUCCCGAACUCUUCGACGUCAAGACUGGCAGUGUCAUCGACACAAAAGUCGACAUUUGGUCGUUGGGUUGCACACUAUACGCGUGUCUUGUUGGCAAGAGCCCCUUCGAGUUCAGGUCAGACGAGACGGGCGGAAGCUUGAGCAUUUGCGUGCUUGGUGGUGAUUGGAGAUUUCCGGACGAAGGGCCGCAGAGGGGCAAGGCGAAGCAGACUGAAGAAGUGAUCAGUGAGCCUGUCAAGGAGGUCGUGAGGAAGUGCUUGAAGCUAGAGCCGAGUGAACGACCGGAUGUGGACGAGCUGAUCAGUAUCGUCGAAGAGCUGCUGGAGAGCUUACCUGAGGAUGGAUCGGAGGAUUGA